AUGCUAUUGAUCGCUUUCAUUAAAGACCCUUUAAAAUGUUUUCGAAAUUCUGCGACGUAUCUUGUUGGUAAUCUAGCUUUGUCUGACUUGCUCGUUAAUGUUGUGACGAUGACAAACACUUUUUGGGUGUUCGAGAAUGCGGUCGUUGUCGUAUUGCAAUAUUUUUCAUUUUAUUUAUCAAUGCUGACAAUUUUUUCGAUCGCUCUUGAUCGAUACUUGAUGAUAACCUACCCGUUCAAACAUCGGUUCCUAAUGAGUGGGAAAAAGAUGGCAAUAUGGAUUGCUCUUAUUUGGUUUCUAAGCGCCGUUCAUCUAGUGAAGAGUAUUGUUAUUCCCAAAGAAAAUGACGUCACUACAGUACGAGGGAUCGUUUUAGCUUUGGUACUAUUCACCGCCCUUCUCUACGGCAAAACUUAUUUCGCGUUACGAAAACAAGCGAGGUCCAUGAUUGGUAAAAAAACUACAUUUUCUUCGAAGCAAAGUCGGUAUGCGCUCGACAAAAGCAUUUCGAUGGAAAGCAAAAUUUGUGUUGAAAGUGAAAAUCAGGAUAAUCAGGAUAAUCGUGUUCAAAAUGGAAUUGGACGUGCUUAAAGCCUGGAUGAACGUGCUGAAAAUCAGUAUGAGCGUGCUGAAAUUGAAAAUGAACGUGCCAAAAGUCAGAGUGAACGUGAUCAAAGCCUGGAUGAACGUGCUAAAAAUCAAAAUCAUCUUGCCGGGAAACAGAAUGACCGUUCCCAAAAUCGGUAUGAACGUGCUGAAAUUGAAAAUGAACGUGCUGAAAGUCGCAAUCAACUUGCUCAAAAUAAAAACGAUCGUGUUGAAAGUCAGAAUGAACGUGCUCGACGUGAAGACCUUUCCUCCAACAAAACGCCUAAAAAUUCCCAAAUAAUGAGCAAUACAAGGGAACAGAAGUUCUUAAACACUAUAAUUAUAAUUGCAUGUAUUGCUGUCGUUACAGUGAUGCCAGGAGUAAUUUAUGGCUACCUUGGUGGUUGGGUAAUUGCAUCCGCAGACAAAAACAGGAUUCUUCCAGCUGUUUUAGUUGCGAUAUUUUGUCUGAAUUUUGCCGUUAAUCCUUUCGUCUAUUGCUUGCGUUUGAAGCGUUAUCGGAAAACGUUUAAAAUGGUCUAUGGUUGCCAACAUUGA